CUAUCUCUCUCUCUCUCAUAUGAUUUUAUCUUUUGAUAGUUCUGAUUUAGAUUUUGGUAGGUCAUUGUAGAGAGAGAGAGAGAGAGAGAGAGAGAGAGGGAUAAGUAGAAGAAGAAAGAUGAGUUGGUGUGAUGCUUCAGAUGAUAACUACGACCUCAAUCUUGAAAGAGCUUCCAACAUUGAUCAUCCAUCGAUUCAACUCAAAGACCAAUCUCAAUCAUGUAUCACGAGCUGUCCCGAUUCCAAGGUUAUCGUUAUUGAAUCUCCUAUCAUGACUUGUCCUUCUUGUGGACACAAGAUUCAUCAACAAGACGACCAGGUUGGCAGCAUCAAAGACUUACCAAGCUUACCGGCAGGAGUCAAAUUCGAUCCAUCGGAUAAAGAGAUCCUUAUGCAUUUGGAAGCCAAGGUUUCAUCAGAUAAGAGAAAACUUCAUCCGUUGAUCGAUGAAUUUAUACCGACGCUUGAAGGAGAAAAUGGAAUUUGUUAUACGCAUCCUGAGAAACUUCCUGGAGUAAGCAAAGACGGCCAAGUACGGCACUUCUUCCACCGUCCAUCGAAGGCUUACACGACCGGAACACGAAAACGUAGAAAAGUGAGCACAGAUGAGGAAGGCCACGAGACACGGUGGCACAAAACGGGCAAGACCCGACCCGUUUUAUCUCAAUCAGGAGAAGCCGGUUUCAAGAAGAUCCUAGUGCUCUACACAAACUAUGGUCGGCAAAAGAAGCCCGAGAAAACGAACUGGGUGAUGCAUCAGUAUCAUCUAGGACACAGUGAGGACGAAAAAGACGGCGAACCUGUCCUCUCCAAAGUGUUCUACCAAACACAGCCUAGGCAAUGUGGAGGUUCGACAGAAACUAAACCGAAGAAACUCGUAAACCUAAACCGGUUUAGUUAUGAAAAGCUUAAGGCCGGGUUCGUGUACGAGCAUGGAGGGAGAAGUGAAGAGACGGCGCAGGUGAUUCGAGAGUUGGUGGUUCGUGAAGGAGAUGGGUCAUGUUCGUUCCUUAGUUUUACUUCUGACGCAAGUAAGGGUAAAGAAAGCUUCAUGAAGAAUCAAUAAAACAUAUUAUAAAUAAUAAAGGCAGGUGCUUUGUGGAGUAAAGAUGAGGAAAAGAAUGAUGUGAGUGAGAGAGCACAGAUUCUUUGUGUGUAGGUGUUGGGUAACUAUCAUAGUAAAUUAUCUCAAAGCUUUUGGGAGAUUUUAGGUUUUAACAUUUUUUUUGGGGAUUAAAUUGGGGUAGCAACUUUAACCUCGAGACAUUAAACUGAUCUUUGUUUUUAUUUCUUUAUUUCUAAAUAAAACC